CCACGUCAGCAGCUGUCACACCCCCCUUCGCUUUCGUCCGCCACCCUCUUUCUCUUUGAGGCCACGAGAUCGUCUCCAAAGGCCAAAAGCCUCGAGAGGUCGGGCUGCGACGCCACGCCUCGUCGUUCCUCUUCUGCUUCUUCUUCUUCUUCCAUGGAACCACAACGUCGCCAUUCCAGUGAAUCAUUCACAGUGACACCGUCGCCCAUUUAUACACACUCGAUCCGUCUCUCCCCUGCACCACCAUCCUCUACCUCCCAGCGACGACAGCCACAGCGACGACAGCCACAGCGACGAGAGCCAUGCAAGAAGACAGCGAGGCCUCUUCUGAGUGCGAGCUUCCGGUGGACGAGGAGCACCGGGCUACAGAGCUCUGCUUGCUCUCGGCGGCGGGCCCCCACAUGCGCGCCUUCCACCUUGCCUGGUUCUCCCUCUUCGCCUGUUUCUUCUCUGCCUUCGCCGCGCCGCCGCUGCUCCCCGUACUCCGUCUCCACCUCGGCCUUUCCUCCUUAGACGUCGCCCACGCCGGCGUGGUGUCCGUAACCGGCACCAUCUUCGCGCGGUUCGCCAUGGGAUCGGCCUGCGACCUCCUCGGCCCCCGCGUCGCCUCCGUCGCCCUUGCGCUCCUCACUGCCCCUGCCAUUUAUGCCUUCGCCGCUUUCUCCUCCUCUCCCUCCGCUUUCCUCCUCCUCCGCUUCGUGGGCGGUCUGUCCCUCGCCAACUUUGUCGCUAAUCAGUACUGGAUGAGCUCUAUGUUCGCGUCGCGCGUCGUCGGCCGAGCCAACGGCAUCUCGGCGGGCUGGGCAAACGCCGGGAGCGGCGCCGCCCAGUUCCUCAUGCCGCUUGCCUACGCCGCCCUCCUCCGCCUCAGUGGCAGCCCUUCCUUCGCCUGGCGCGCCGCCUUCCUCAUCCCCGCCACGCUGCAAGUUAUCGCCGCGCUCGCGGUUCUGGUGUUCGGCCAGGACCUGCCGGACGGCAAUAUCGCCUCGGUCCGAAAGCAAGAGCUCAAGCUGAAUAACCAGAGGCCGUCGAUCUGGGUGGUGCUGCGGGAGGGACUCGGCAACUACCGUGGCUGGGUGUUGGCGCUGACCUACGGUUACUGCUACGGGGUCGAGCUGGCGAUGGAGAACGUGGUGGCGGAGUACUUCUACGGCCGAUUCGGGCUGGAGUUGCAAACAGCAGGGAUGGUGGCGGCGUGCUUCGGGAUGGCCAACGUCAUCUCGCGGCCGGCAGGAGGCGUUCUCUCCGACGAGCUGGGUAGCCGCUUCGGCAUGCGAGGGCGACUCUGGGGGCUUUGGGCGGUGCAGACGACCGGAGGUCUCUUCUGCGUGCUGCUGGGGAGGAUGAAGUCUCUCCCCGCCGCCGGCGCCGUCAUGUGCGGGUUCGCCUUCUUCGCGCAGGCCGCCUCCGGCCUCACCUUCGGCGUCGUGCCCUUCGUCUCCAAGAGGUCUCUGGGAGUGAUCGCCGGGAUGACAGGAAGCGGAGGAGCAUUAGGGGCAGUGGUAACUCAGCUGUUGUUCUUCUCAGGCAAUAAAUAUUCUAAAGAAACGGGCAUCUCGCUGAUGGGCGUGAUGAUCCUCGCUUGCACUCUGCCAAUAGCCUCCAUCUAUUUCCCCGAAUGGGGAGGCAUGUUUUGUGGGCCAUCCAAGUCCGCCCCUUUCUCGGAAGACAUGGAUGCAGGUGGAGAAUAUCACCUGCUCAAGUGACAUCACAUCGAUACAAUAAUUGAACGUUGCAUCUGUGCCAUAUAUUGCUGUGUCUUCUUCCAGGUCCAUUUGUUCGUUUGAUGUACAUUCUUGUAAUUCUAAAUAUUACGUUUCAUCUCUCCUGCA